GAUCUAGAAAUCCAGAACUUGGAGUUUUAUGUUGCUCAUCAGCUUCUUGCCAGAUUACUGGCUUUGAAAUGCCUUGCUCAUGAUAGCUGGGGAACCUAAAGCUCCAAUGACCCAGAGGAAAAUGAGUGUGAGUAGCUAGGUGAGAAGUACCAUCCCUACUUCCAUGCAGCGUUUUGAAAAGGUUGAACUCCUCACUGCACUGUGAAAACCAUUAGGAAAACAAAAAGUCCUUGGGGUUAAAACCUGGGGCUCCACAGUGUUCCCUGCACUUGGGGCUAGACAUUAAUUUAAAUGGCGACUGAUCUGUCUGAAGCUGAACCCGUGCAUCAUAAGGCGCUUCCACUCUUAACGGGAGCUCAGCUGAUCCACACGGACAAGUUAAGUGAGAAAGCUGAAGACGACACGAUGCCGAUCCGUCGCUCGGUCAAUUCUUCUUCCCGGGAAACUCCUCCCAAAAGCAAACCUGCUGAAGGUGAAGAGGUCAAAGCAGGUGCCACAGUGUGUGAUGCAGAAACAGCAGUGUUUGAAGACAAGUUGGUCGUAAACAAAGCUGCUUAUGCAGAAGCCACCUCUGAGGAAUCUGUUGGAGAAGAACAAGAGACUGAAACCGUGCCUGCUGCAUCCAGUGAAGCAGAACAGCCAAAGGAACCUGAGAAUGAAGGGAAAGGGGAAACAAAGUCCUCAGAAGAAACCAAAAAGGAUGAGAAGGAUCAGUCUAAGGAAAAGGAGAAGAAGGUGAAAAAGACCAUUCCUGCCUGGGCUACUCUUUCUGCCAGCCAGCUAGCUAGAGCACAGAAGCAAACUCAGAUGGCUGCCACCUCCCGUCCCAAAAUGGAUGCUAUUUUAACUGAGGCCAUCAGGGCGUGCUUCCAGAAGAGCGGCGCCUCGGUCGUUGCGAUCCGCAAAUACAUCAUCCACAAGUACCCUUCCCUGGAGCUUGAGAGGAGAGGCUACCUUCUGAAGCAAGCCUUGAAAAGGGAACUGGAGAGGGGAAUCAUUAGACAGGUGAAAGGAAAAGGAGCUUCUGGAAGCUUUGUGGUGGUGUCUAAUGCAGGAAAAACUGUUCCAAAAGCCAGAGAUAGAAAGAAAAGCACUUCAGCUUCGGCUGCAGAACAGCAAGUCAAGCUGGAAGACAUCCUGCCGCUGGCUUUCACCCGCCUCUGUGAGCCCAAGGAAGCAUCUUACAGCCUGAUCAAGAAAUAUGUGUCUCAGUAUUACCCCAAACUCAAAGUAGACGUAAGACCCCAGCUGUUGAAGAAUGCCCUGCAGAGAGCUGUAGAGAAGGGCCAGUUAGAGCAGAUCACGGGGAAGGGAGCGUCUGGGACAUUCCAGCUGAAGAGAUCAGGGGAGAAGCCCCUGCUGGGUGGGACUCUGAUGGAAGAUGCCAUCCUGUCUGCUAUUGCGGCCAUGAACGAACCGAAGACCUGCUCCACCACAGCACUGAAGAAGUAUAUCCUGGAAAACCACCCAGGGACCAACUCCAACUUCCAGGUGCAUCUACUGAAGAGAACCCUGCAGAAAUGUGAGAAGAAUGGCUGGAUGGAGCAGAUUUCUGGAAAGGGCUUCAGUGGAACCUUUCAGCUUUGCUUCCCAUAUUAUCCCAGCCCAGAUGUGCUCUACCCAGAGAAGCAGCAGGAUGAGGACUCUGAGGAAUCUGAUGAGGAGGAAGAGGAGGAAUCUGAGGAAGAAGAAUCUGAAGAGGAAGAGUCAGAGGAGGAAGAGCCACCACCAAAGAAGAGGCUGCAGAAGAGACCACCUCCAAAAUCACGGAGCAGGGCCCCUCCCAUGAAACGAAGAGAGUCCAAACCCAAGCCAAGGAAAACCCCUGCAGCCCGUCGGGGCAAAGCAAAACCCCCUCCCAAGGUUAAAACCCCUGCUAAGAAAGCCAAACCAGCAGCUUCAUCUAUCAAGAAAACCUCUGGUGGCAGCUCUUCCAAGAAACCAGCAGCUGGUGGGAGGAAAGAGGUGAAACCCUCUGCCAAGGGCAAAUCCACCAUGAGGAAAUCUCUCCGGGCAAAAAAGUAACCGAGCUUUUUCUUUCCACAGUCAGGGAAGUCUCAUGGUCAAACCCACCUGGGUUUGUGUAAGUCAACGUGCAUUUGUUAUUUUAGUUCUGAUGCUUAAACACUUGUUCCAUUUUUA